AUGGCAGGAAAAGAUCUGGGGGUGGUGGUCGACAGCCGGCUGAACAUGAGGCAGCACGGUGUCUACAUCAUCCAGCCCACAGGACUUCACCCACUUGUGGUGUACUGUGAAAUGAAUGUGACCGACGGGGGCUGGACGGUCAUCCAGAGGAACCGGUAUAACACAGCGAUCACCUGGGCCGAGUCCUGGAGCACCUACAAGUACGGCUUUGGGGACGUGCAGAGUGACUACUGGCUGGGCACGGAGUACAUCUAUCAGAUUGCCAAGCAGAAGGUCUACCAGGCCAAGUUCGUUAUCUGGGAUGCCACAAAUGCCACCAAGUUCGCAGACUACAAUUUCUUCGGUCUGGAAGAGGAAUCCCGUGGCUACUUGUUGAGACUGGGCUCCUACACAGGGACUGCAGGGGAUGCCAUGACUUCAGCUAGUUCUUCUACUGCACACGACAACAUGAAGUUCUCUGCUAAAGACCUGGAUCAGGACACUAGCACUGGGAACUGUGCCUCCACCAAUGGGGGUGGGUGGUGGUACUCAGCGUGUUACUCUGUACGGCUGAAUGUCAAGGGUGGCCUGACAUGGGGUAGCCUGUGCAGUCGCAACUGCAAAGCCUCUCUCAUCCUCAUCAAACCAGCUUCCUUUUGCUAG